CCACCAUCCGUAUAAUGUUCGUCUUCAAAGCUCAAACACCCACCUCCUACUCCUCUCUCUCUCUCUCUCUCUCUCUCUUUCUGUGCGUGUGUAAAUUAUAAUAGCAUGAAAGGGUUGGUUGAUUGUUGAAUACAGUUAAGUUAUUAAUCAUUGGAUCCGAUGAUAAUGAAUACCAUUUUUUACAUGACCACCCUCCUGCUUCUAUAACUUUUCUCUUCUUCACACUCUUUUCAUUUUCAUUUCUUCUCUGCUUCAACACCCACUUACUAUUAUUAUUCACUAUGGAGAUAGAGGUGGCAACUUCUAAUGGAGGUGGAUAUGGAGGUGGUGGUAGCAGUAGUGGUGGUGGUGAUGAUAUGGAUAGGGGGGGAGUGGAAUUGUACGGUGGAGAUGAAAGGGCAGCAGCAGCAGCAGCAGCAGCAGCAGCAGCAGAAGCAUAUUUGGUGUGGGAAGAUCUAACGGUGAUGCUGCCAAACUCUGGGCAUGGAUCCACAAAGAAGUUGCUGAAUGGACUGAGUGGGUGUGCUGAGCCUGGUAGAAUAAUGGCCAUUAUGGGUCCUUCUGGCUCCGGCAAGUCCACCCUUCUUGAUUCCUUGGCAGGUAGACUGUCAAGAAAUGUUGUCAUGACUGGAAAUGUCGUACUUAAUGGGAAGAAGAGAAGACUAGACUAUGGUGUUGUGGCUUAUGUCACACAAGACAAUGUUUUGUUGGGAACCCUCACAGUGAGAGAAACCAUCACAUAUUCAGCCUAUUUGAGGCUUCCAACCGCUAUGUCCAAAGAAGAGGUACAUGGUAUUGUAGAGGCAACAAUCAUAGAAAUGGGUCUUCAAGAUUGUGCUGAUAGGCUGAUUGGAAACUGGCAUUUGAGAGGUGUAAGUGGUGGGGAAAUGAAGAGAGUAAGCAUUGGUCUUGAAAUUCUUACACGGCCCCGUCUCUUGUUUCUUGAUGAGCCCACAAGUGGCCUUGACAGUGCCUCUGCCUUCUCUGUGAUCCAAACCCUUAGAAAUGUCGCUCGUGAUGGAAGAACAGUCAUCUCUUCGAUUCAUCAGCCGAGUAGUGAAGUUUUUGCACUCUUUGAUGACCUUUUCUUACUAUCUGGUGGUGAAACUGUAUACUUUGGAGAAGCAAAGAUGGCUGUACAGUUCUUUGCUGAAGCAGGAUUUCCAUGUCCGAGUAAGAGAAAUCCUUCUGAUCACUUCUUACGCUGUAUUAAUUCAGACUUUGACAUUGUAACGGCCACGUUGAAAGGAUCACAGAGACUUCGUGAAGUUAAAAAAGAAGCAGAUCCUUUCAUGAACAUGGCAACAGUGGAGAUCAAAGCAAUGCUUGUUGAGAAAUACAAGCGCUCAGAGUAUGCCACAAAGGCUAGAGCUAGGAUCCGAGAACUUUCUACGAUCGAAGGACAUGAGUUCAAAGCAAUAAGUGGAAGCCAAGCAGGAUGGUGGAAGCAACUUUCAACUUUGAUAAGGAGAUCUUUUGUGAAUAUGUCUAGAGAUGUCGGAUAUUAUUGGUUACGCAUAAUCAUCUAUAUAAUCGUUUCUGUUUGUGUUGGUACGAUCUACUUUGACGUUGGCACAGGCUAUACAUCAAUCUUGGCUCGUGGUGCUUGUGGUGGUUUUAUAUCCGGUUUCAUGACUUUCAUGUCCAUUGGAGGCUUCCCAUCUUUCAUAGAAGAAAUGAAGGUAUUUUAUAGAGAGAGGCUUAACGGACACUAUGGAGUUGCGGUGUUUAUUCUAUCAAAUUUCAUCUCUUCUUUCCCGUUCUUGCUUGCAAUCGCAAUCUCUACUGGGAGUAUUACUUACUACAUGGUGAAAUUUCGACCAGGGUUUUCUCACUACGUGUUCUUUUGUUGCAAUCUUUUCCUCUCCAUCUCUGUUAUAGAGAGCUGCAUGAUGGUUGUGGCUUCAUUGGUUCCCAACUUCUUGAUGGGAAUUAUAACCGGGGCUGGAAUUAUUGGAAUAAUGAUGAUGACCGCUGGGUUUUUCCGUUUGUUGAACGAGCUUCCCAAACCAUUCUGGCGCUACCCGAUUUCAUAUAUCAGUUUUGGGGCAUGGGCACUGCAGGGUGCAUACAAGAAUGACUUGAUCGGACUUGAGUUCGAUCCUCUAGUGCCUGGUGACCCGAAACUGAAAGGUGCAGAUGUCAUCACAAAAAUGUUUGAGAUUCCACUAGAUCAUUCCAAGUGGUGGGACUUAUUUGCCUUGCUAGUCAUCCUCAUAUCUUACAGACUCAUCUUCUUCAUUAUUCUCAAGCUUAAGGAGAAAGUAUCACCGUUUUUUCGAUCUCUUUAUGCCAAGAGAACUCUUCAUCAACUCAGUAAGAGGCCUUCACUCAAGAAGAAGCCAUCUUUCCAUUCCAAGAGGCAUCAAAAUCUCCAUGCAUUGUCUUCCCAAGAAGGCCUUAGUUCUCCUAUUCCCUAAAAGUGCCACACAUCAAGUUACAAAGUUUUACCAAGUUUUAUAAAGUUUGGCUAAGUUUAAUUGUUAAAAGACUUUCUAUAAGUGAAAUGUUGUGUCGAUAAGUUUCACCAUUUUUUUUUUUUUUUUUUUUUCCGACUUUGUUGCUGUGUCAUAGGUCUCAUUCCACAGUUUCAAUAUGCAAGCGAAAAAUGAUAAUUGGUGAUGUGUAACAAUGAUAAUUGUUCAUAGACUACUUGUUUGGGGGUCCUAUGUAAAAGAAAUGUUUGGGCGUUCUUUCUAAUUAAGAAAAUAAGGUUGUAUUCCAUGUGGGACAGUUGUAUUAUCAAUUACAUAAUCUUAUAUGUCACUUGUUUACA